UGAAACUAUGAGAAUGACUAGGUCACUUCCUUCUACUGAUGUCAGUCAUAUUAAUAUCAAGUCUUUAACUCUUCUUGUUUCUUUCUCUAGCAAUCUGUAACGUUGCACAAUCAAAAUAAGAGAAAUUCAUUUAUUUUCUUUAUACAUUUUCGUAAAAAUAUUGGUGUCGCGCCUCUGAAGGUUUACCACUGAAAUCCUCUGCUUGUACUUCUCGUUUUUGUCUCCCUUACAUUCGGCGAUAACACACUCCUUCCUGCCUCCUCACCAUUUAUUAUAUUAAAAAUCUCUUACCAUCCUUUAACGGAAAGGAGUGGGCACGAUAAACCAAGUGUGAAGACAACCUCUCGUCGCCAUCACCUCGUUCCGUCUGCCUUAAAAUAACUUGUCUAUUGAUGAGAGUUUAAUUCCAUUGUUAAUUAAGUUAGUCUUCCUCUUGCUACCAGGGUCUUUUUUUUUUUUGGCUUUUCAUAUUUUCUUGUUCCAACAAUCGGAUUUCAGCCGUUUUCUACUUCGGACAGCAAUAUGGAUGUUAUCGAAGCAAUAGGAAAGCAUGAUUUCCACGCGUCGUCCCCGGAUGAACUGAGUUUCAAACGAGGAGAUUAUCUCCAGAUUAUUGAUAUGGAAACUGACCCAAAUUGGUAUCGCGCUCAAAUGAAAGGCAACACAGGCUAUAUACCAAAUAAUUAUAUUGAAAUUAUUCAUAAAGACAAUUGGUUGAUGUUAGACGUUACGCGGCAAGAGGCAGAAAGAAUGCUUUUGGCUAAGAAUAGCAACAUGCAGUAUGUCAAUGGUGAUGGUGCCUUCCUUGUGAGGAAAGGUCGACAAGAAGGAGAACAUAGUUUGUCUGUCAAAUACAUGUGUGAAGUACAACAUUUCAAAAUAUACAAACAGAAUGAUGGCCAUUUUAUAUGGGAGUCAGAUAAAUUCCCAACACUUGGAGCUUUAGUGAAUUUUUACAAAUCAUCAUCUGUAAGCCGAAGCCACCACAUAACCCUUAAAGAAAUUGUUAAAGAACAGAAAGUAAAAGCACGUGGAAUCUAUGAAUUUAAUGCUCGAGGAAGUGAUGAAUUAAGCUUCAAAAAAGGAGAAGUAAUUGAUAUUCUUGAUCAGCAUGACCUUCACUGGUGGACAGCCCAGAAUUCGAACAAUCAAACAGGUCUGAUUCCUGCUACUUAUGUGGAAGUAAUAUAAUUACUUUAUCAUCAUAUACACCAGUUCCCAAAAUAUACAAUUCUUCCUGUUUGUUAUUCUCUCUAGGAAGAAUAAUUAGCAAAGACCAAACAAAGAAAAAAAUAAA